AUUUUUAAUGCCUCAAACUUUGCCUUUUAUUGAAUAUUCAUGCUAUAAUUUUCUAUUAACUUCAUUUUUGAAUGCUAAAGUAUGAAUUGACAUGAUAGUAAUAUGUUAAAGUGGUGAAAACAUACUAGUAUGUGGACAAAAAUGUGUUUAAUUUCAUGUUAAGUAUGUACAUAACAUGGCAUUGGUGCAAAGUUGCUUAAAUAAUGAAUGCUAGUAUGAUUUGUGAUGAUAUGAAUUCUAUGAAAAGCAUGCUUGUGAUUGAGUUAAAUGAGAACGUCAUGCUUGUGAAUGAUUUGUAGAAAGUGCCAUGCUUAUAGUUGGUUUAUGAAGAAUGACAUAUUUGUGCUUUACUUCUAGAAAAUACUAUGUAAAAGCCAUUGUUGCAUAUAAAUAAGGUUGAGACCAAAUAAAUAAAAUUGAAUUGCAUGCAUGGCAUGGCGAGAAAGUUCAAUGAGAAAGGGCAUGAAAUGGAUUUUUAUAAAAUAAACCGAAUUUCGCGAUUUCGGUGCUAAUUCGACCUAGAGGGAUCGCGUGCCAGUUUAGGACGUGAAAAGUUUAUUACUAGGCCCCAAAUGGUUGCCUGAUUUGGAACCAAAGAUAGUAAUUCAAUCUCGCCUCGAUAAAGUCGGUUAACGGCUUUCGGUGUGAGUUAGGGUUGGUAAUGUAAUGUCCCAGAUUUUUUAAAUAUUUUUUUAUUAUUAUUUUUCAUGUCUCGAUUUACGCGCCAUGUAGGACCCGGUAUAUUCUAUUGCAUCAUUUAUUUAUUUGGGUCAUUGAGGUGUUUUAUAUUUAUAUAUAUAUAUGGGUAUAUAUAUGUGGAGUUAGUGGAGGAAGAGAUAUUUUGUGGCAUGUGGCUAAUUGUUUUAAGGAGGAGAGCUAGUUAAGUAAGUGAGUAGGUCAAAGUAGAAGACCCAUUUUGGACCAUAUAUUUUGAAUGGUCAAGGAUAGGCCUAGGGCCACUCAUUAUCACCCACUCCCCUCUCUCUCAUUCUUGGCACUUUCUCCUUCUCUCCUCCAUCUUUUCUUUUUCUUUUCUACUCCACCUUCUCUCUAGAUUUCCUCUAUGUUGGAGUGAGAUUAAUGAAGAGCCGUAGUUAGAGAAAGUAUAGAUCUUGGCAAGGGAAACAUUUUGACACCGAUCUUACACACAUUUGGUGAAUUUCGAACUUGGGAUCUAAAGGUUUGGUUUCAUUUUUUUGAGGAUACGGUCAGUACCCGUUCCAAGGUUGAGGUUAGCAAUGUGGGACCACCAUCCGAACUCAUCUACUCUUACGAUCCAGUUCAGGAAGGAUGUCUCGGCGUGGGACAAGGAAUGCGAACCAGCAUCGCAGUAUUUCCCCAACUCAAAAUGAGAAUCAGGAAUUUUCCCCUCAAGUUGCUGAUAUCAUUGCACGAGCUGUGGCAGCAGGAGUAGCAUCUGCUCUACGAAACCAGCAACCUCCUCCGAUAAUACCUGUUCCUGAACCAGUGGCACAGCCAAUGUCAUGGGACAAAACUCGUCACUCGUUUAUCAUAGGGAAUCCACCGACAUUUGCAGGGUCCACAGAUGUCCUGUUAGCAUAUCAGUGGAAACAGGAGAGCGAGCGUCAUCUUCGGAUGGUAAUCUGUACCGAAGUGCAGAAACAGAUGCUAGCUACGUUUAUGCUGAUAGGCAAUGCAUUGCAGUGGUGGGAGUCUAUUACUACUGUCGAAGAGAGGACCAGAUUGACUUAUACUGAAUUUCAGACUCGCUUUGACGACAAGUAUUUUCCUAUGUCAGUAAGAUCAGCGAUGAAGACUGAAUUUCUGGAUCUGCAACAGGAGGAUAUGACUGUGGCUGAGUAUGAACAAAAGUUCAUUAAUUUGUCAUUAUUUGCACCAGAGGAGGUCAAUACGGAAGAAAAGAAGAGAGACCACUUUGUGAAGGGGUUGAUAUGGCCGAUUAAAGUGGUGAUCAUAGGUAGUCCUGCAUAUACUACUUAUAUCCAGGUGGUUAAUGCCGCCUUACAGCAUUGCCAGAUGAGGAGUGAUUACCGGAAGUCCAAGGGAGAUAAGCGGACUAACCGAGACUACCAGACAGUGGAGAAAGGAAGCAGCAGUAGUACCAAGUCCAAUGAUCGGGGCAGAUUUCAAGGACAUCAACCUUGGAAGAAAAACAAAGGAAACCUAGAUGUGCAGAGGGAUGGAGUCCCUAAUCAGGGUAGACAAGGUGGGAUACCUCAGACCGGACAGGAACAGUGGUCGGGAAGUCAACAGAGGAGGCAGGCAGGUCUUUUUACGGGACGUUGUUAUCACUGUAGAGAGAUUGAGCAUCCGGCCAAGAUGUGUCCCAAAGCUAAGCAGGGAUAGUAUGGGCAGCCGAGACCUAAUCAGCCGUUACCUCUACCGGCCCCACCGAUGUCAGGUGGGCAAGUUCAGAAUUUUCCGGCACUUCCAGCACCACCAUUUCCUCCGGGACAACCUCCACAGCAGUUGCAUCACAGCAGAGUUUAUAACUUCAUGCCACAUAAUGCGCAGGCUCCUCAAGCUAUUGAGGGUAUGUUUUCUAUACAUGGUAGAACUGCUCGUAUACUGUUUAACACUGGUGCAUCACAUUCUUUUGUGUCUAAGCUCGUGCUGAUAACGUAUUGUAAAUAUAAGAAAGAAUAUGUAAAGUGAGAAGAGAGAGAACUUUAUUAAUUCACUGAAAGAUGAUAGCUACAAUUUACAGAAUAAACUAUCAGAUAUAUUCAGCCAAGAUCCACCGCCUAAUGGAGCAGUUAACAUAUUCAUCACUACACCAAUAGGAUAUAAACACAUCAAUGGACCAAUGGCAUGUAAACAUGUCAAUGGACCAACAGGUUUCUUCCACCGCCUCAUGUACUUCUUCAAUUUGUAUUUACAUUUAUGGAAGUGGAGCCCACUUUUAUAACACUUUUACAUUUUUUUUUAUUAAUUUCACAAUAAGGAAGUUAUUCACGUAGUUAAUUAUUUAAUUAUUUUUCUUUCUUUCAUUUUUUUCAACAUAAUAUAUGUAACUAAUUUUAUAAAUUCUUUCUUCUAGAGUGUUUUGAGAAAUUGAUAUAUGGAAGGAAUUUCUUUUUUUAAUACAAUGCUUUACAUACAAGUUCACUUAUUUUUCAAUUCAAUUUUGAGGUAAAAAAUAAAAUAAAAUAAAAAAAGAAGCUAAAGAUGGAAAGAAAAUUUUUUUUUCUUCAAAUUUUUUUUUCGUUAGUACAUCGUGGUUUCCAUUGAAAGAUUUUGAGGACGCCUUCACAUACAUGUUCAUUUUGAGGUGAAAAAAAAAAAAGCUAAAGAUGGAAAGUAUUUCCCAAUUCAAUUUCGAGGUGAAAAAAAAAAAGCUAAAGAUGAAAAGAUUUUUUUUGUUCUUCAUAUUUUUUGGUUGACCGUGGUUGUGUAAGUUGAAAAAGUCAUUAGCCCAACCUAUGGAGUUUAUUUUCAUAGCCAUCAUCAAGUAAAUAAUAUAAAAUAUACACAUGUAUUACCUAUAUAUACCCACAACUUCGCAAAACUAAGAGAAAACAAAAUUAAAGGCAAAAACAUAUGAUGGUAAUGUAUAUGAGAAAAAAGGGAAAACAAGAAACCAAAAUCAAGAAUGAAUCAAAAUAUAAAUUGUAAUAGCAAUAUAUAUAUAUCAAGAAUGAAUCGAAAUAUAAAUUACAAUAGCAAUAUAUAUAUAUAUAUAUAUAUAUAUAUAUAUAUAUAUAUAUAUAUAUAUUGUUCUCACUCAUCGUUUAAUAAAAUCUAACCAAUCUGAUUCAUGAUAAAACUUAAAAUAAUAUUGUAUUUAGGACUUAUUUGUCUAAUGAAAACACAAAUUGAAACAGACAAUGCCAGUUUCUCUUCACUAUAAAUUAUUUUUUUUUAUUAUUAAAAAAAAAAAAAAAAAAAAAAAAAAAGAAGAAGAAGAAGAUUGGGCUGAGAUAUAACAAGGUUAGAUGGUAGUGGAUUUCAUGUAACCAUGUGAAAAAGCUUCCUGAAUUCUUAAGUCUCAACCAACACAAUGGACUAAUCUUGAGGAUGAGAAAAAGGAAAGGAGGAACCUUUUGCUAUGCGAACUAGAUGAAAGAGACAAUCUGUGAUGUGAUUUGUAAUACCCCGUAUUUUAUUAAAGAGUUUAGUUUAUUUAAAAAUUCAAUUAUGUGAGGAUUUCUUUACUUAUUAUUGUGCAUGCUACAUUAUUAUAUUAAGUUCAUUUAAAUGUGCAUGUAAAUUAAUUGUGUAUGUUAAAAUAGUAAAUUUAUUCAUUUAAUUAUGCAUGUAUUAUUAUUAAUAAUUUUAUUUAUUGGUUAUGCUUAUAUUAAUCAUUAUUAGUUAAUUAAAGUAUUAUAAUGAUAUAAUGUAUUCUUAUGUAAUAAUAAUAAUAAUAAUAAUAGUUUAAUAAUAUAAUAAUAAUAAUAAUAUAAUAAUAAUAAUUAUAAAAGUUUAUUAAUAAUAAUAAUGGUUAUAAUAAUAAUAAUAGUAUUAAACCAAUGUCAUGAUGAAAUUAGAGAUUAGGAUAGGAUUUCAUCAAUGUUUAUGGGUGGAAUUGAAGCCAUAUGGUUGGGAAGGUGGUUAGUAAAUGUAAAAAUGAGAUAUUUGUAAUAUUUAUAUUAUAUAAUUUGUAUAUAAAUUAGCUAGCCUACCUUAGAAAAAAAGAAAGGGAGUUAGAAACAAAUUAUAAAUUCUAGUGAGCUAUUGUAAGAGUGUGGAAAGGAAGAGAAAGAAAGAAAGGAGCUUGGACCGGUGUAGGGAAUUUACCCGAUUACGCGCAACCGGCGGAUUUAUUUUAAAUCCAAAAAGGCAAGUUAUUAUCUAUUUUUCCCCUUUGAAUUAAUAAAUUAAUUGUUUAGUUUAUUGAUAUUAUUUUAGAGCAUAGAGACCAUGUAAGGAGUUUAAUAAAUUAGGAAUUUUAGUUUAUUAAAUUUGUGAAAUUUUUAAUUAUUUAGGAUGGUAUAUAAUUAGUUAUUGUCCUAUGAUGUUCAAAAUAUCUAAAAAUAUUUCCUUAAGGCAUUAGGGAUUUUUUUAGAAUUUUUAGGAAUUUUCCGGGCAUUUUCUGUAAUUUCCGGCGAGACUCCGGCGAGUUUUCCGGCCACCGGCAGUGAGGAAGGUGACCGGAGUUAUCUGGUGUGUUGCGGUGUAUUGUAACAAGCAUGCGCAUGGAUCAGCAGCCGUUAGAUGGGUUGUGAAUCCUUAGAUUGAUUCGGUGUAGCGCGGGACACCAUAUGAUGGUGCGCGCUAAUCAUCAACCGUAGGAUGAAAGGAGCAUAGGUGGAUUGAUCCGGUGUGGCGCGCAUGUAGGAAAGGUGAUGCAGCCAACCAACCGGAGGACACCACGUCAGCAGGAAGCCAUCAACGCGCGCGUGGGAGUGCGUGCGCGCGCGUGCAACUUUCCAGACGCGCGUGGGAGCGCGUGUGACCGCGUGGCUGAUGCCAGACGCGCGUGGAGGCGCGUGGGAGAGUGGGGAAGGUUGGGCUGCGCGUGGGGAGGCUCUGGGAGGUGCGUGUGGGGUCUCUACAGCUACUGGAAAAGUCCAGAAUACCCCUAGGGCCUGUUUUGUAAAUUCCAGAACCUUAAACUUGGAUUUUUAGGUACUGCGUUGGUAUUUACGGGUUUAACGGGCCACGAAAUUAUUAUUUUUCUACCCGUUAAGUAUUGUUAUGGCCGAUUAAUAUUUCUAACCUUAAUUGGCCCGUUUACCGUACGGAUAUGAAUGUGAUUCAUUUGAACAACAUUACUAUAGGUGGUGUUAUUAUUUUAUUAAAUGGUAUUCAUUAGUACUGUUAAUAAUGUCACGGUUAUCGUCAUAUAAGUUAUCCAUUAGAUGUUAUGGGAUAUUUAUACUGUUAAUCAUAUAUCAACCAUGAUUAUUAUGCUGUGUGCAUUUCAGGGAAUAAAUGGACUGUUUAUUAUGUCGCAUUUAUAUUAUAUGGAUGUGUUGCCAUAUAGAACCAUGUGAGCUGGCUAAUAAGUUUAGACUCAUUUAUACCUUAUGCAUUCGUUGCUAUAGACAGAUGUGUGGCUGUCGGGGUAUGUGGUUUAAUAUUAUUGGCAUGUGUUGCCUAAUUGACAUACUCGGUAUAUUUAUUAAUAUUGUUGGCAUGUGUUGCCUAAUUUAUAUGCUCAAUAUAUUCAUCAGUACUUUGCGAGGUGUUAUCACUGUGUAGUUCGUUAUAGUCUGUGUUGUCAGUACCGUGCACCAUGUAUAAUAGCUGAUUUCCCGGGUAGGGAAAGGCGACACUUAACCACCUAGUGUGAGUCUAAGUGAUCACCGUCUAUUCUGGUUGAGGUCAUGUUAUACAUUGGAUGGUUCCCUUAGGAUGUAUACAGAUAUAGUACUCAUCCGGAUAUAAAUGAUUAAUUUAUUUGAUUCUCUGAUUUGGGUCAUAGUAGAGACUUGCUCGUGGGGUUGACCCACCAUUGUUGUUAUUUCAAGAUACAGUCAGUACCCGUUCCAAGGUUGAGGUUAGCAGUGUGGGACCACCAUCCGAACUCAUCUACUCUUACGAUCCAGUUCAGGGUAGAAGUUUUAUGUAUUACUUCAGUUUCAGUUUUUAUUUACUUUUGACGUUGAACUCUCAGGGUUAUAUUUAGGGAUCCUUGACAUAGGAUUUCCAAGUUGUAAUGAAGUACGGUAUUAAAUAAAGGAUGGAUGGAUGUUGUAUUA